CAAACUCUGUGUCAGCCUUAGACCCAAUAGAAUUGUGUAGUGUACUCACAGAUGCAAUGGAUAACAAGGAGUUAGAUUCUCGAGACAAGAAAGGAAGGUCUCCAUUACAUUUAGCUGCUAUGAGAGGGGCAACCAUCUGUUGUAUUCAUUUACUACAGAGAGGUGUACCGAUCCUUGCUACAGACAUUAUGGGCCAUACAGCAUUAUCAUUAGCAGUAGAUUAUGAACACGACAGCUGUGCAAUAAUGUUACUACAGAAGGGAGCAAAGGUGGAUGCUACCAUUGUAGAACUGGUAGAGAAAAAAGAUCGCAGAGAGUACUAUACUUCCAGCAUUACAUCAAAGAAACUUCCCCAUCUGGAAAUGGAAACGCUCAAGAUAUGCAGACAAAGUGGUGAAACCGUACCAUUUUGAUACAUACCAGUUUGCUAUUGAAGGAGAAUUACAGGGUGUUGCCCAUAUGAUUCUAGAUGCCUCGGGACUCACUGGAAAGGCUGUUGAGGCUGCGUUGAAGGUGAACAAAUACCACAUUGCUCUACGACAUCUACAUCGUAUAAAAGACACAGCUAUCAUCAGAGAUUACAAAAAUAAAGAUGGUCAGAAUCUGUUACAUAUUUUGGCUCUCGAAACAACCCCUGGUAAAGACAGUGCACUUCAGUUAAAGGUUGCUAAAGCUCUAGUAGAGAAAGGUGUGUCAUUGAAUGCUCUGGACAAGUACAAAAGAUAUCCCCUGGUUUAUGUUGCUUACACACAUCAACCUAUAGAACUUGCUAAAUAUUUCCUAGAGAGUAGUGUCAAUCUAGACUUGAACAAGAAAGAUGUGUAUGACAGAACAGUUAUGGUAGCGCUGUUCUGGGACCAACAAACGAUCCACAAUGAAAAAACAAACAGAAAGGCUUACAUCAAGUUGCUUUUGGAUGGGGGAGCUAGUCUUGAUGUUGUGUACACAGUACAGUGGCCAGAGACACCAUUGUUUGAUGUAGCCAUCGCAGACUUACCGUUGGACUUUUUCGAGCCAUUGGAGCACUCUGGACGUCUAACUCCACUUAUGUCAGCAUUGUAUAAUAAUGACUUUGAUCUUGUGAAAUUUCUGUUGAAAAAUGGCGCGUCUUCCAAUCUGCCCGAUCAAGAUGGAGUAACACCCAUUAUGCAUGCAGCAAAACUGCAUGAUGCAACACUUGUACGAGUGUUACUGAACAAUGACUAUGUGGAACCAGCUAAAACAGAUGGCUCGAAAACAACACUGAAAAAGAAGAUAUCUCGAGCUGUGUUUGAAAUCAAACCUGUAGGUGGUGGUGAUGAUGAUGAUGAUGAUGAUGAUGAUGGUGGUGAUGAUGAUAAUGAAGAUAAAGAUUAUGAUGAAAAUGAUGAUGAAGGCGAAGGGGAAGAUAAUUCGGAGAUGAAUGAAGAGGAACUAGAGGAGGAGCCUAUUGAGGACUCUGACCAUGAUACAGAUGUUGUUGAUGAAGAUGAUGAUGAUGACAACGGCCAACAUUUGCCCAUACCCAGACUGGGCUCCAAACAACCUUCUAUGAGAAAACAGCCAACCAGUCUUCUGUCAAAUAAAGAUGAUUUUGAGAUUGUGGAGAAGACAAGUAAUGUAGAUCUUACUGUGACAGACAAGUUUGGCUGGACGGUUAUACACCACCUCGUCUCACCAUUAGACUAUGGCACAUUUGAUGAUGAAGAGAUACUCUACGUGCUGGCAAAGGCCGGAGCUCCACUCGUCACAGAGAGUAAGCGGGGAGAAACUCCUCUGAAAAUGGCGCUACGAAUUGGAGCUAAAAAAGUAGCCAGUAGGUUGCAGGCUUUGCUGAAUGUUGAAGAAGAUAAAAAGGAGACACCAGUUACGCCUCCAUUCCAUGCCCCUACUGAGGCUGAAAAUAAGCUAGCGGAGGCGAAAGCGAAUAUGUUUGAAGCUGACGCUGAUUCUAUGAUAAAGAAACUGAUACCAAGUGAUGCAGAGGCAGCUAAAACCAAACCAAAACCUAAAGUUGAUGAGCAGUGUAUGGCAGCUGAUACAGGGGAGGUAGUAUUCGACAAGGAGAACAAUCGACCUUAUGACAUUAUUCUAUCAAAGAUAGAAGUGAGAAGCCUUCUCAAUGACACUUAUAACUUUUAUAAGAUGCAGAUAAUCUAUCACAAAGUCAAGGACAUUUAUGUUCUGUUUACAAAGUGGGGUCGUAUCGGUGACACGGGCAUGUACCAGAACACUCCGUACCAAACGUUGGCGGAGGCUGCGGUCUCAUUCUCUAAAAUAUUCAAAUCCAAAACUGGGAAUGCAUGGUCAGAUUUAAACAAUUUUGAGAACCAACCAAAAAAAUACCGCUUGGUAGAGUUAGAUAACCAGCCGUCACCAGUUCUCAGGGUUGAUUUUAAACUAGAGUCAAGCAUUCCAUCAAAACUACCAGUGGAGGUGCAAGAUUUACUUGCUGAAAUGGCCGAUGUUGGGAUGAUGCAGGCAGCUUUACGGAAUGCCAAGAUGGCCGAGGAGUACAUGCCAUUUGGUAGAAUAAAACGAGAUGUAUUAAUAGAAGCAAGAAAAAUAUUACAGAAAAUUGGGGAUAUUGUGGUAGAAAUAGAUAAAAACAAAAGCAAUUUAGCGUUUGACCAAACAGAACAUCAGACAAAUUGUGAAAAGAUCUCAGCGUUGUCCACAGAGUAUUACAGCCUGAUACCACAGGAAGGGUACUCAUACGACAAGAUAGAACCGCUGGUUUGUAGAUCUCGUAUAAAAGGUGAAAUGAGAUUAAUCUCGAACCUGCUCGAUCUCGAAACUGCCAGUAAAAUACUACUUGGAGCACAGUAUAAACUCAACGAAUGUAACCCUCUGGACUACAUGUAUCAGGCAAUAGGCUGCUCUAUAACACCACUCAGGGAAGACGAUGUCGAGUCACAGUACAUCCUCAAAUAUAUCAGGGGCUCAACAGAUUCUAGCAGUUCAAAAGUGGUCUGCAUAUAUAAGUUAUGGCGUCCCGGUGAGGAUCAGCAAGAGAAAUUCAAGAAGCUUGAUAAUCAUAAGAUGUUAUGGCAUGGAAGCUCCAUGUCCAACUUCAUGAGUAUACUCCAUAAUGGUUUACUUGUGGCGCCACCCGAGGCUCCUAUAACAGGACAUGCGUUCGGAGAGGGCAUAUAUUCGGCUGAUACAUUUGCUAAAAGCAAUAUGUACUGCAGCAGUACUAAUCCUAAAUCUUCAGUGAAAUGUGCAUUACUUUGUGAGGUUGCCCUUGGUAACUGUAAGGAAGAUGUGGAUUUAGGAGUUGAGGUAGAUCUAAUCAACUCUGAGUUUAACAGUCUCAGAAUACAUGGAACUAAAGUACCAGAUGAACACUGGGAUCUAGCUCUUCCAUAUGGUUCUGUAAUGCCAAUGGGUUGUGUCCAGGAGCAGCAUAAGUUUAUGUCUCCCGAGGGUGAGAAGAGGCGAAGAAUUCCGUACACAGAAUACAUCAUUCAAGACUCGGAUCAGAUCUGCCUCCGAUACCUUGUGCAAUUUGUUUGAGCGUGUGUUAACGACUUUAACAUGUUAUAACUGACAUCAUGAACUGUUAUUUCAACAGUCCUCUCUUACAUUAGCAUAACAUUUACAUUUCAUUUAUCUUUUUUUCUCUCUCUCUGUCUGUCUAGGUUUUUUUUAUGUAUUUCCAUUACAUCAGCCAUUGAAGUAAUCAAAUUUUUAGAAAAAUCGUGUUCUGAUUGCAAAUGAAAUUAAAAGUUGUACAGAAUAUAUAGAUUCAUGCCAAAAAAAUGACUUCAUUUGUACAGUGGGUGCAUAUAUAUGUUAUUGUAAAUACUGUGUCAAUGGCUGUGUACAUUUUAUAUUGUAAUUUUUUUGUGCCUAUUCUUUGUGUAGUCUGUUGUGCCACUGUCAAAGUGCUGUUGUUUUUGGUUUUUUUUCUAGGAUAUGCUGAUUGGGACACUUCUGGGGUUUUUUUUCCCCUGAGAAUCUCGGAUGUGAGGUUUAAUGUGGGAUAUUUUAAUACAAGAUAAAUUGAAAUUCUUAAAAAAAGAAUAUCUCCAAGUGCUUAACUUUUUCUUUCUCAAUAUUUGAGAAGUUUGUUAUUUUGUCGUGACCUUUUUCAAGUUAAUGACUUAAUGGAUUAGCCUUGGUCAACAAUAAAAAAAUAGCUAUGUCAACCUUCACAUCCUUGCAGUCUCGCAAGACUGGACAAUUUGCUGUAUAGUUCCAGGAAUUUAAUGUUAAAUUAAGUGGUAAAAAAUCUCUUGAAUUAACUGUUACAGUUAUCAAAUUCAAAUCUUUGGCAUAUCAUGGGACACUAAUAAAAUUCAGCAGAGUGCUUCUUGUGGCUUUAAAUAAUUAGUUUUUUGGAUGUAAAAAAAAAAUGAGGGACAAAGUUAUAUGUUUAGCUGUUUAAUAUUGAUAGCGAGUAGGGCAUUGCUUAUUGCACUGCUUUAUGAUGUAAGAAAUAUAUAAUACUUUAGAAGUUGGAAAUACCUAUUCAUUUCUUUUGCACUGUAUUCAUUUUCGGGGUUAUUUUUUCACUAAGUUUGGUUUUAGACCAUACGAAGAUAAAAAUCACAAAUCUGAAUAAUUCAACUAAUUUUGUCUGUCAUACUAUUUUUUUUUUUUUAAAUACUUUUUCAGGUUGAUAUGUAAGCUUUGUUGAGGAAUAAAUUUGUAAAUAUGGCUGUUGUACAUACAAAAACAAGAAAAGCAAUGAUAAUUAGUCCUCGUCCAGUUAAAUGUUGAAAUAUCAUUUUAUAAUAAAAGGAAGGUGUUUUAUGUCGACAUUAAAAACCAUGAUAUUUAGUCAUAUAAUUCAGUCACAGUUUAUAUUAUAAGGUCUUGAUUUCAGAAUAUUCUGUGCUAAUUAUGGAAAGCCCAAACUGCCGAAGUUGGCUGCAGUAUUUUGGCAAUGUUUAUCUAAAAACCGAGGAAUUUUCUUUGUACAUAACUUACAAACUCUUUGAUUUAGGCAGCACCCAUUUUGUAAAGACUUCAUAACAUGUUUUAAAACCUUGCAUAUACAGACUAAAUAAAGAAGAAAACAGUAAUAUAAGACCUCAUCCGUCAUGCAGUGUUAUCAUAGUCUGUAACGGUACUUCAUCAUCCAGGUUUUAUUGUAUUUGUAUAUAUAGUUCAAUAGUAUAGUUAUUAGGAAUGGAAAUGAGCCGUGUCAUGACAAAACCAACAUAAUGGAUUUGCGACCAGCAUGAAUCCAGACCAGCCUGCGCAUCCGCGCAGUCUGAUCAGGAUCCAUGCUGUUCGCUAUCAGUUUCUCUACUUGUAAUAGGGUUUGUAAGCGAACAGCAUGGAUCCUGAUCAGACUGCACGGAUGCGCAGACUGGUCUGGAUCCAUGCUGGUCGCAAACCCAUUAUGUUGGUUUUGUCGUGACACGGCUCAAAUGUCAUUUUUUUUGUUUUAUUAUAAAUCAGGUUACAUUGGACAGCUCAUGUCAUUAUCUACCAUAUGUUUACUAUACAUUCUGUAUACAAUUUAAUUCUAUAGUAGGAAUGUUUUUGUUUUAAUUGAUUUAUGACCUCAUUGAUGACAUCAUUGAGUCACAUAUGAUGUAAAAGAUCGCAAAAUGCUGCUAUAGACAUGAAUGUUUGAUUGUGCAUGUGGGGUUCAAAUGUUAGGCGUAUGUCACCAGUACAGAGACACCAGUACACAGUUGGCCUGUCCUGAAUAACCAAUCUUGAUAGUGAUUGGUUGCUAAAAACUAGCAUUUUAAAAGAAUAAAAAAUUCUGUUGAUUCAAGGCUGAAGUUUUUCAUAUUUUAGUGUCGUGCACAUUUAGUCUGUACACAAAUUACAGAAAUAGAACUAGAUUUUUACUGCUCUGCAUAUUGGUAGUUAUCCUUAACACUGCCAAAACUAAAGGGAGCCUAGAACUGAUGUGUAACAAGUUCUUUUGCUGAGAGUUAUGACCCUUGGUGUAGUUGAGUUUUUUUUGUGGGGGGAGUUUAUUCAGGUUUUAUUUUAAAGCUGUUUCUUUUUGUCUCGGUGGGUAGAUUUAUAUUGUUAAUGUUGUAUUAAAGUUGCUUGCGGACAGAAAGUAAGAACGUUCGGUUACAAGUGCAGUGCAGCUAAGUUACAAUACAGUAUAUAUAUAUAUACAUGUGUGAUUGGUUGAUACUGAUACAAAAAAACAAUGGUAGAAUGGGUAAAGGUUGCUUUAUUUUUUUUUUAUGCCCCCGCCAUGUAAUGGCCGGGGCAUAUAGUGUUACCCUGUUCCGUCCUUCCGUCAUUCCGUCCUUCCGUCAUUCCGUCCUUCCGUCAUUCCGUCCUUCCGUCAUUCCGUCAUUCUGUCAUUCCGUCAUCAUCAGUUUCCGUUCAUUAUCUUAGUAACGAUUGCACACAUUCAACUCAAAUUUGACACAUGGAUAUGUCAUGAGAAAAUACAGGUCAAGUUCGAAUUUGGUCAUGGUCCGAUGAUUUUUGGCAGAGUUAUGCCCCUUUUACUUUAAAAUAAUAUGAAAUUUUCAGUUUCCGUUCAUUAUCUCCCCAAUGGUACAACACAUUCAACUCAAACUUGACAUAUGGAUAUGUCAUGAGAAAAUACAGGUCAAGUUCGAAUUUGGUCAUGGUCCGAUGAUUUUUGGCAGAGUUAUGCCCCUUUUACUUUAAAAUAAUAUGAAAUUUUCAGUUUCCGUUCAUUAUCUCCCCAAUGGUACAACACAUUCAACUCAAACUUGACAUAUGGAUAUGUCAUGAGAAAAUACAGGUCAAGUUCGAAUUUGGUCAUGGUUCGAUGAUUUUUGGCAGAGUUAUGCCCCUUUAACUUUGAAAAUAAUAUGAAAUUUUCAGUUUCCGUUCAUUAUCUCCCCAACGGUACAACACAUUCAACUCAAAUUUGACAUAUGGAUAUGUCGUGAGAAAAUACAGGUCAAGUUCGAAUUUGGUCAUGGUUCAAUGAUUUUUGGCAGAGUUAUACCCCUUUUACUUUGAAAAUAAUAUGAAAUUUUCAGUUUCCGGUCAUAAUCUCCCCAACGGUACAACACUUUUAACUCAAACUUGACAUAUGAAUAUGUCACAGGAAUGCGCAGGUCAAGUUCAAAGUUGGUCAUGGUUCAACGAUUUUUGGCAGAGUUAUGCCCCUUUCACUUUGAAAAUAAUAUGAAAUUUUCAGUUUCUGUUUAUAUCUCCCCAAAGGUACAACACAUUCAACUCAAAUUUGACAUAUGGAUAUGUUUUUGGAAUGCCCAGGCCAAGUUAUAAUUUGGUCAUGGUUCAAUGAUUUUUGGCAGAGUAAUAUGCCCCUUUCACUUUGAUAAUAAUAUGAAAUUUACAGUUUCUGUUCAUUAUCUACCCAACUACUCAAAUUUGAGAUAUGGAUAUGUCAAAGGAAUGGGCAGGUCAAGUUUGAAUUUGGUCAUGGUUCGAUGACUUUUUGGCAGAGUUAUGUCCCUUUCACUUUGAAAAUAAUAUAGAUACAUCUUAGGAAUAAGCAGUUUAAGUUUGAAUUUGGUCGUGGUUCAAUGAUUUUGGACAAACUUAUCUUUCUUGAAUGUUGGAAAAAUUUUGAACUUUCAGUUUCAGCACUGAAAUGUAUGUAGCCAUUAUUUUGGCUACAAAUAUGAAAUAUGCUAUUUUCAAAAGGUUUAGACUGAAUAAUUUCAGUGCCUUGAACAUUGUAUGAAAAUGGUUUGUGUUAACAUUGAAAAGUUUUAAGGGCUUUGAACUUAAAAUGAAAAAAAUAAUUUGUGCAAACAAAUUUGGAACUAAAUAUUAUAACAUCUGAAAUUUUGGCUGCAUGCGGGGGCAUCCGUGGCAUGAUGACACAUUUCUAGUUUCUUCAAGUUAUGUGAGGGAUUUUACUAGAAUGGCUCAAUUCAUUUUCAGAUUGCUGUCAGAAUUUAAGUUCCUUAUCCAAUAUUUUUUAUAUUUUUUGUCAUAACUUCAGUGUAUGCUGGAUUAUUCACACCAGCCUAACCACAUUUAAGUACAAAUUAUAUAUAUGGAAUAGAAAGAGAAAAGCUAAGGGCUUUCAGGACAUUACCAGCUUUUAUCCUAAGAAUAAUAUCCUUUGUUCAAUAUCCGUAUGAUUUAUAUAGAAAGAGAUUAGGUAUAAUUACUGUGAACCUUUAAAAAAAGUAGGGGGUGGGGUUAAUUUUUUUUUCUUCUUUUUUAAUUUUAAGAUGUCAUGUCAUGUUCAAACAUUGUUGUAGUUUUGUCAGAGUUUAUUUGAUAUUUUGUCUUGUCUUUACAGCUAUAUAUAUAUAUAUAUAUAUAUUCUAUGUGCUUUUUGUUAGUGACUAUUUUUGUUUGGCUGUAGUAACCAUUGUUCUCGGUGUCCGUGUCUAGUGAUUGUUUUUUUUGUCUUUACGUUCUACUAGUGCAGCAUUUUUAUUUUAAUGUGAAUGCAUUGUUUACUGACGGAAUACGAUUUUAAAUAAUGAAAUAAAAAUGAUACCUGAUUUUUCUCUAUCUUUAGUAAAAAUUUGCUUUGUAAGGAAUUUGUUUUGUGUUAUAGUGGUGGCUUUAUUAAACACUCAGUAAGCUCUUGGGUGCAAUUAAAUACCAUAGUUAUAUUGACAUUAUAUAGAAUUUUAAAAUGACAAUUAAAAACAUGCACUUUUUAGGCUGUAUUCUGAGACUUAGUUGAUUUUUAGCUCGUUUAAAAAGUCGAGCUGCCAUGGUCGCUGUGCUGUCGUCGUUGUCUUGCAAAAACUUUAAUGUAGGCCAUUAUUCCAAUAUUUUUAAAGUUAUUAUUUGCAUAUGACAAUGGGUAGUUGGGCAUAAUUCUGAUAUCUUUACUUUUGGAGUUAUGACCCUGUUUUGGGUUAUUUUAACCAACAAGCGUUGCAUAAUUUAUAAGGUUUAAAAAAAGCUACAGAGCAGAAAUUUACUGUUUAUAGAUUGAAGUCUAAACCAAAUCUUGUACACUUGUACACAUUUCUAAACCACCACUAAUUUUAUAUCUUUUUUUAAUUUCCGUAAAAUUUUGCACAAGUUUGCCGAGUUGUAUUAUUUGGGUUUGCCAAUUGCUUAAUGAAAAAAAAAGCUACAUUUUGGAAAGUAGUUAAAGCCUAGUGUACAGUUAAUUGUUGGUAUUUUUGGAUAUUUGAGUCAGAAGAAGCUAGAAUAUACAGUGGUGAUUUAGAAAUCUAUACCGGUUUAAGUGUAAAAUGAAGUGUGAAAUGAAACGUGAACAAUUGAUGGUGUUUUUUUUUGUCUCUGGGACUUGUAAUGUGUUUUCAUUACAUGGACAUUUUUAAGAUAUUCAUCAUUUUCAUUUAUCUGUGUGUGUUAGCUGUUAUCAUUGGUUAAGAGUAAUUGGUUUAUACACUACAUGUUUAUGAUUUCUAGGGGAAUUUAUUUUGCAUGUUUAUUGUACUUAUUUUCUGUCUGUAAAUCAAUAAUGAAUUAUCUGAUGUAUAUUUUCCUAUUAAAUGAACUCAAAUUUUAUUCUGAUGUGUGAAAAACUAUUGAAAUUGGAAGAUUAUUUCAAUUUAUUUGUUAAAAUUUGAAGCUAGGUGACUUUUGAGAUUGACCUUGACCCUGCUGCUGGAACGGGAUAUUGAUUAGACUUUGCCACCAGUACAGAGCUGAGGCCAGCCUUCUCAUCCGUGCAGUGUGACCAGGCUUGAAACUGUUGGCUGGUUAACUUGUAAAUUUUCAUCUCGGUAUACCUAAACUUGAUAAUGGACUGUUCCAAGAACUGAAAUUGGACGAGUCCAUUGAAGAAAUUCAGCAGGUUAAGAGUUUUAAACAUGCUUCAAGGUUUUGUUCUAAUUUUGAAAUCAUGGUAACAAUAAUGAGUUUAUAGACAUUUGAGCCACGUCACGACAAAACCAACAUAAUGGGUUUGCGACCAGCAUAGAUCCAGACAAGCCUGCGCAUCCGCGCAGUCUGAUCAGGAUCCAUGCUGUUCGCUAUCAGUUUCUCUACUUGUAAAAGAGUUGGUAUGCGAACAACAUGGAUCCUGAUCAGACUGCGGGGAUGCGCAGGCUGGUCUGGAUCCAUGCUGGUCGCAAACCCAUUAUGUUGGUUUUGUCAUGACGCGGCUCAUUUAUAUUCACUGUGUCAUUAAAUUUCCUUUUCAUGAGGAGAAUAAGCAUUGUAUAAAGAUCAUGGCACUAUUUUUCAUUCAUAUCUUGAAAUAUUCUUUGGAAAUGUUUUUUUUUUAUAAAAAAUGCAAGGUUGGACUGAAAUUUGAAACAUUUUUAACCAUGCUGGUUCAUUUAGAGAAAACACGGCGUUCAGAGAUCAUGAUAUUUUUGCAUCAUUAUGUUGUAGUAUUUGUCAUUAUGUCUAUUUGAACAAUUAAAUUUAGCAUAUGAUUAUAUUGUA